UCGAACGGCGCUGUGGUGUUCGACAGUUGAGAGUUGUGGUGGUUACUGCGAUGCCCCUCUUAGGAAUGUGACAAAUAUGAUGAUUUUCCUCCGAAGGCAGCUGUUUUUUCUACUAAUCCUUCUCAUCAAGUUAACCGAGAGCGACAGGAAGUCCAAACGUACGAAAGAAUACAGACCUCAAGCGCCGUCUUACGAGAUAUACAGAUCCGAUUAUCUACCCAGCGAUUCACAAGUCACUACGUUUCUGCUCAAAGGGGAACUGAAACUACUCUACUACUUAUCACCCAUCGACAAUGGGUCUCUGUCAACUACCAUCAUCACUUGCUCGUCUCCAGUACAAUGGUCCAUGAAAUUGAACCAAAACGGCUCAACAGCAAAACCAUCAAGCAAAGAGCACAACAGAACAUUCCUCACCGAGGAUAUGACGACCAAGAACUUCACAGCCUUCAAGGAGCUGUACGUGCUGCAGCUCACCGCCCCAGAAUCCGACACUUACGUCCACAUCUACAUAAGCACCGAAGCGGACGGCCCCCAAGCGUUAAGAAACUCCUACCUCCAAAAGCUCCGCUUGCAGAAGAGGCAGAAAAAGAAGCGACUGACGAUAAGAUGGGAAGCUAGCCUUGUGGACCCUCAAGGGACAGAUUACUGUUUGACAGUAAGCUCCAAGAAGAACUACAAAACUCUGUGUUCAGCUCAAGCUGAGAAAUUUGGAGUAGUACCUCCAUCUGUCACUGGGCAAGCGCUAGUAGCAUCCCAAGCGGCUAUAAAUUGGAAACCAAAAGGAAGGGACAUUGAGAAGUCAGCUUUUCCUUUAAUAGCCUGCGUAGGGCGGAAAAGGCAGUACACAGUCCCCAAUUUGAAGCAGGGGCAGACCUAUUACUUCGAUCUAUUCGCAACAAAUAGACAGUCAAACUUGACGUACUUUUUUGGUUCUACAUCGACAAAAUUCGACAGUCGAAUCAAGCCGAUUUCCCUUCGAGACGGAAAGUCAGUAUUCGCCAACUUAAGAAAAUUCGAUGGAAAAAUUGUGUUCAAAUUCAAGGUGGGUAAGGUUCGUGGGAAUCCCUUGAACAUCUUCAUAAUGCCCUGUGGAGCUCUGAUAGACGCAGAAGUAUCCCUAAAGGGCAAAACAAUCAUUUCUAGGGAACGUAUAGAAAAAAUGGACCAUAUCGCCAUCAAAUCUCCCGAAGAAGGCGCUAGAUAUCACAUCAAAACAGUAGCUGUCAACAUUAAUAGAGAAGGUGCUGGCAGGAACUCUGGAGUAGAGGUCUUCGCUACUUCUAAAUCGACUUCUAAGAUUCCUCUUCCCACCAUGCCGUCUCAAACGGCGGUGGAAGAAAUCGCUUCCAUGAGGAAGUGCAACAGCGUAACAGUGGCUUGGUUGCCAUCGCCAGGGGAGAAAGUAGGACACUACUGUAUACUGGUCAAGGAGGGAAAGCUCAGGGAGGAGGAUGACUACGGCAUUCCUAAUCAGUGUGGACUAGAAAGCAGAUUGAAGAAAAGCGUUAACUUUGACGUGAAGUGUUGUAAAGAUAUUCGACAUAAUUACACAAACUCUGUUAUAACUGAAAAGAUCAACUACCUAGGUCCGGGAAAAAGCUACGUGGUUCAAGUAAUAGUGAAGAAGCCCAAAGGAAAAUCUUUGGCAUACGAUCUUCUUCAAGUCCAUACAACACCAAGUUGCCAUAAAUAUUAACAUUGUGGUUUAUACUAGUAUUUAUUAAGUCUAGUAGGAUUAAGUUUUUGUAAAU